AUGUUCAUCUCCAUAUUCCUGAUUGCUGUCCCAGUCGAAGGGUUUGGACCACUUUCGGAAAAGCUUCAGGAAUUAGUUGCGCAGGAGGGCGUGUUAAAGGGAUGUGCGAUUCUGGUAUUCCCCGGUGUGAUUGCGUUCUUGAUGGUUAGCAGCGAAUUUGCACUCCUUAAACGCACCUCGGUUGUAACACUUUCAAUCUGUGGUAUCUUUAAGGAAGUGAUGACAAUAUCCGUUGCUGCAAUCGUUUUCAAAGACCCCCUCACACCCGUUAAUAUCUCUGGUUUAUUCGUCACCAUCACGGCUAUCGCGGUCUAUAAUUACAUGAAAAUUAAAAGGAUGAGAGAGGAGGCUCGGGGCGAAACCGCCGCCGCUAUUUCGGGACCAGGUGCCAGCUCAUAUGUACCUGUAGAUGAGGACGAUGACGAUGAUGCCGUUUCCACAGCUUACGAUCCUGAUCUUGAGGGAGAUUCGGUGGUGGGCACGCCUGCUCUUACAAGAGGCGAGACUGAGGGCGAUAGAUUGAUUUAG